AUGGCGUCGGUGCAGGCGUCCCGCCGCCAGUGGUGCUACCUGUGCGACCUGCCCAAGAUGCCGUGGGCCAUGGUGUGGGACUUCAGCGAGGCCGUGUGCCGCGGCUGCGUGAACUUUGAGGGCGCGGACCGCAUCGAGCUGCUCAUCGACGCCGCCCGCCAGCUCAAGCGCAGCCACGUGCUCCCCGAGGGCCGCUCCCCGGGGCCCCCGGCCCUCAAGCACCCCACCUCCAAGGACCUGGUUUCUGCCGCCGCCGCCGCCGCCGCCGCGCAGGGACCCCAGCUGCCGCCGCCGCAGGCCCAGGCCCAGGCCUCGGGGGCCGGCGGCAGCACCUCGGGCCAGGACCGCUACGACAGGGCCACCUCGUCCGGCCGCCUCCCGCUGCCCUCGCCCGCCCUGGAGUACACGCUGGGGUCCCGCCUGGCCAACGGGCUGGGCCGCGAGGACGCCGUGGUGGUGGAGGGGGCGAGAAGGGCCUUGCUUGGCUCCAUGCCCGGCUUGGUGCCCCCCGGGCUGCUGGCAGCUGCGGUGACGGGCCUGGGAAGCCGAGCCCUCACCCUGGCACCGGGCUUGAGCCCUGCCCGCCCCAUCUUCGGCUCCGAUUUCGAGAAGGAGAAGCAGCAGAGGAAUGCGGACUGCCUGGCGGAACUGAACGAGGCCAUGCGGGGCCGAGCGGAGGAGUGGCACGGGCGCCCGAAAGCCGUGCGGGAGCAGCUGCUGGCGCUGUCCGCCUGCGCCCCCUUCAACGUCCGCUUCAAGAAGGAUCACGGGCUGGUGGGCCGGGUGUUCGCCUUCGACGCCGCCGCCCGCCCGCCGGGCUACGAGUUCGAGCUGAAGCUCUUCACCGAGUACCCCUGCGGCUCCGGCAACGUGUACGCGGGCGUCCUGGCCGUGGCCCGCCAGAUGUUUCACGACGCCCUGCGCGAGCCCGGCAAGGCCCUGGCCUCCUCGGGCUUCAAGUACCUCGAGUAUGAGCGCCGGCACGGCUCCGGGGAGUGGCGCCAGCUGGGAGAGCUGCUCACCGACGGGGUCCGGAGCUUCCGGGAGCCGGCUCCCGCCGAGGCCCUGCCCCAGCAGUACCCGGAGCCGGCUCCCGCUGCCCUGUGCGGCCCGCCCCCGAGAGCCCCGUCCCGCAACCUGGCGCCCACCACCCGCCGCCGCAAGGCGUCCCCCGAGCCCGAGGGCGAGGCGGCGGGGAAGAUGACCAGCGAGGAGCAGCAGCAGCGACACUGGGUAGCUCCGGGCGGUCCGUACUCUGCCGAGACCCCCGGGAUGCCCUCGCCCAUCGCCGCCCUGAAGAAUGUGGCUGAAGCUCUGGGCCACUCCCCCAAGGACCCCAGCGGGGGCGGGGGCCCUGGGCGCGCCGGGGGUGCCAGCCCCGCGGCCUCCUCCACGGCCCAGCCCGUAGCCCAGCAUCGCCUGGUGGCCCGAAACGGGGAUGCCGAAGUCAGCCCCACCACCGGGGCAGAAGCUGUCAGCGGGGGCGGCGGCGGCGCCGGGGCCACCCCCGGAGCCCCGCUGUGCUGCACCCUGUGCCGGGAGCGGCUGGAAGACACCCACUUCGUCCAGUGCCCCUCCGUGCCCGGACACAAGUUCUGCUUCCCCUGCUCGAGAGAGUUCAUCAAGGCGCAGGGCCCUGCCGGCGAGGUGUACUGCCCCAGCGGGGAGAAGUGCCCGCUGGUGGGCUCCUCCGUCCCCUGGGCCUUCAUGCAGGGGGAGAUCGCCACCAUCCUCGCUGGAGACAUCAAGGUUAAGAAAGAACGGGACCCCUAG